AUGGCCGCUUGCGUAUCGUACGAGAACAUUGUCAGCUGGGCAGACCAUGUCCACAAUGAUGUGAACCAAGACCACAGCCACUUUGCCCGAGAGCUGAUGCGUGCCGACAGCCCUUCCACCUGCCCCCCGUCCAAGCUCCAAACCUCGGCAGAUGCCGCAUGCCUCAUCAUCAACGUCGCGGUAUACUGUUUUCUGAUGCCCUCUCCCCCUGGACGGGCGCCCCAGGGGGGUGGGCAGCAACCCCUGGUAGUGGUUAUGACCACGCUGCAAAGGCUCAAGAUAGCUUCCGGGGUUAUCGUCGUUCUCUUUGGUUUCGCCGGAAUAGUCCUACAGAUAUCGCGCGCGGCGUCGGUGGAUAGACACGAAGCAUGUCUGAGCGCGAUACUGUGCCCAGACUCUUACGACAAGUCACC